AUGAGCACCUCGAAUGACAACUACACUAUCCACAAGGUUUCCUUGAAGCGCACGCGGCAAGCAUGUGGACCCUGUAGCCUCCAAACCGCCAGGCGGAAGAAGGCGCGAUGUCCCGGCGAGAAGCCGGUGUGUUCGCUCUGUCAGCGUCUGGGACAGCGCUGCACCUACGGGGCCCAAGCGAUCCCCAACCGUGCGCGAGGCCAACGAGAGUCCACCAGUGGACAGGACAAUGACCAGGAGGGCGCUCGGGAGGUAGGCUCUAUGAUUCUCUGCAGCUAUCUCGGAAAGCAUGCAAUGGCUCACCACAAUCCAUUCUUCAGGAUCAAGGGUCUGACGCCCCGAGCGCGCGUCGCCUUCAGCAGAUCGAACAAAGGCUGGAGGAGAUCACUUCGAUGCUUCACGACAGAUAACCAGCAGGCACAACAUGACAGCACCUGUAUCACCGACCCAAUUGACAAUUCGGUCGAUGAGGGUCAUGCUUUAUCCAGUGAUCCGCUACCUUCCGGCAUCACUUCCGCCAGAGGUGGCGCUUUCGAUCGUGGCGCUCACCCUUCGCCUUUCAGUGACCUCCCCGGGUCGCUGGGGAACGGCACGUCGACAGGCAAAUAUUGUGCCGAGCGAGCCUGGCAGAUCCUAUCGUCGCAAUACCAAAAUGGCCAAACCGGGCUCUCGUUUCUCCAAGGAACGUUUCUGACUGCUCAUCUGUGCUUUGCGGAUGGCAACUCCCACAGAGGGUGUGCAUCAGUUGCACUCGGCCUUCGCGUCAUCCAAUCGCACGGCUUCAACCAGGGCCGGAAUCUGUCAUCGCUGAACCAAUUGGAGACGGAGGCACGGAAGAGAAUUACGUGGGCAUUUUUCAUGCUUGAUCGCACUUACAACGCCUCUCGCAGCUACUCAUUAUGCCUCUCGGACAGUCGCUUUACCCUCCAAUUCCCAUCUUCCGAGACUGGAAAUGCAGUUUCUUCUGGGUCUCUACACGGGAAAAUCACGAGGCAAGGACACCGUGUUGACCAGGGGAUCAUGGCCUGUCUCCUCCGUCUGUAUUCGCUAUGGGGGAAAGCUGCGGAAUGGGUAUUCGAACCACUCCCCACAAGUUCUCUCCCACCCUGGCAGAGUGGAUCGGCGUUGGCGAUGUUAGAAUCGGAAUGGAUGCAAUUUGAAACCCAGUUUGCAGACGCUCAUCGAUACAUGAAUGUUGAUUUCACUCGACGCGCUCGCGACGAGCCGCAGUCCCGCCCAUACCUAGCGACGUGGCUGUGCGUGCAGUUCCUUUUCCACUCCAUCCAAUGCUUGCUACAUCACCCAUUCGUGACCAUGAUCAAGCUGCGCCACAUGCGCGGAAACCUGUCCGCAACUUUCCUGCAAAAGUCAUUCGAAACCUCGCUGAUCCAUUCGCGGUGGAUUGCGCGCUUUGUAAAGGAAAUGGCAGACGCCGAUCUCCAGUUAUGUGACCCAUUCUUUGGGUAUCUAGCUGCGAUAGCAGCGACCAUCCAACUGGAGCAUACUGGAAACAAAAACCCGAAGAUCGCGCUACUUUUGAAUAAUGAAUAUCGAGAUCUCGUUCGGUUCAUGACCGAGUUAUCUGCCGAAUGGGACAGCAUGAGGAUACUGGUCAGUCGAAUCAAUGAACUUGCUUCUCGCCACCAAAAUUAUGGGUCGCUGUUCUACAACCAAGAUGGAUUCUCAGGAGCGCUGUCGAGCAUGGCGACUCCAUCUAAUAUACCACGAAUGUCGAGUGAAGACGAAGAAUUGAUGUGGGAUAUUCUCGAUUUCACAUCUUUUCGCUCCAGUCAACCGGCAGACAUUACUCAGAUGGCACCCUUCUCCGAAAAAGAGACUGCCGCGAAUACAAACGAAAUGUCGUCUACAUCCGACGAGGAGCUUGAUGAAGAUGUUGACGACGAAAGCUCUGGCAUUGGCAUGACUUCUCAAAGAGGGUCUACUCUUGGCGACGGUGUAUCCCAUCUUGGAGGUGAGACUCCGGGCUCAGCCUGGCCAUUUAAUAGCCGAACCGGAGGCAAUACAUUUGGAUCUGGCGUCCCUGAUAUUCCCGACUGGAUGAUCUUCGGGGAUUUGAUGACAGAACAUCUUUGA